GCUGCGAUAACCUGGAUAACAGGGAAUUGAGCCACUAGCGUGGCAGGGGCGAGCUGGCUCCUUUCAGUCUUCCUGUGGUGGAGUACAGUGUUUCCGUGUGUGUGUUUAUGUGUGUUUACAUCCCAAGAUGUAAACGUAGGUAGGGCAUAAAAUACAUAUUUUAAAUGUUCUCGGGAUCUUUGAUACCUAGUACUUCUGGACUGGGAGAACGUGCUGGCCAAAAGGAGUGAGUGGAAAAGUCUUCAGAUGGAUUUUAAAAUAGAAUACACUUGGGAUGGUUUUCCAGUGAAGCAUGAGCCAGUGUUUGUCAGGCUGAAUCCAGGUGAUGGAGGAGUGGUGAUGGAAGUUAGCGCCCCAUUUUUCAAUGAUCCUCCAGCCCCACUUGGAGAACCAGGAAAACCUUUCAAUGAACUGUGGGAUUAUGAAGUUGUGGAAGCAUUUUUCUUGAAUGACAUAACUGAACAGUAUUUAGAAGUUGAACUUUGUCCUCACGGACAACAUUUGGUGCUUUUACUCUCUGGAAGAAGAAAUGUAUGGAAACAGGAGCUUGCUCUAUCAUUCAGAGUGUCCAGAGAAGAGACAAAAUGGGAAGGCAAAGCUUAUCUUCCUUGGAGUUAUUUUCCACCAAAGGUGACAAAAUUCAAUUCAUUUGCAAUUCAUGGGUCAAAAGAUAAAAGAAAUUAUGAAGCUCUUUACCCUGUACCUCAGCAUGAACUGCAACAAGGACAAAAACCUGAUUUCCAUUGUCUGGAAUACUUUAAGCCUUUCAAUUUUAACACACUGCUUGGAGAAGAAUGGAAACAACCAGAAUCAGAGCUGUGGCUUAUGGAGAAAUCUGAUGUAUAGGAGUAUAGUAGAUGAUCAUAUCAAUCAUUUCUUCUCUGUAUCUUUUAAGGUAAACCAAUAAUAAGUAUAAUCUCUUUUAAUCAUGGUAUCACCAGCACAUUUCAACAGCAAAUAUUUUCAUAGAAGUCAGUGAAAAUACAGUGUCUCUGUGGCAAGUUGUAUAUGAGUUAACAAGAAAAUUGAAGGUUUGUAGAUGAGUUUAUCUAGUAAGUUAAAAUGUUCCUCAGAGUCAUUUAGUCCAGAAGCGACCAUGUCAAUGAGUUCUAUUGUCUGCCUUACCACCCUCAACCCAAAUAUCUCCAACUCUGUCAGCCAAAAUCAUUAUUUCUCUUCCCACUUCCCUAAACCUCAGUCAGCCUGAGACUGGAACAUCUUAUUUGCACAUGUUUUAAUUCCAUGUAAUGUACAAUAAUUCUUUACUCAGAAUCUUCUGCAUUCUUCAAGUGGGUUGAAAACAAUGACCUAUUUCAGCUGAGAAGGAGAUCCACAUUUGUUAAGGCACCAUUAAGAUACAUAUGUAUUUAACCAGCUGUUUUUCCUGCCUUGGAGGCUAUUUUUAGUCUGUAGAAGGAAAUGGAAUGAAGUAGCCUUGAAUUUGGGCAACUGAUUCUACUUUUGUUUACAAACAGAUGACACUUACUUAUGUAUGCUGUUAAACCAGAUGUGAAAAUGUUUUUGCUUUAUUUUGUGAGCAUUAAACAUUCCUGGUCUAGAAUUUUCAAAUUUUGUGCUAUAAUAUAGCUCAGAGUUUGAAGCCAUCUAGCAGAUCAUCUGUGAACUUCUCCACUAAACCUGUUUCUCCACUAGCAUUCUUAACUCAGAGGUUAGUAGCCUUGCAGAAGAAUUUUUAUUGUACAGAAUACACAAUAUACUUUAUUCUCUUGUUUUUUACUAACAGAACUUGAAUUUUUAGGGGCAUUGCUCAAAAACAUUUUUCCAGAUUCCUUUGAAGACAGAAAUGGCAUGAUAAAGCAGCUCAGGUUAAUGUGAUAUAAGUACACAGUAUUAGGUGGGGAUUUAAAGAAAGAUGACUUGAAGAUGAAAGAUUCAGCUGUCAUACACUUUUUGUCCUUUGCCCUCCCCUUUCCUUUUUCCUGAAUUGCAUAAUUGGAACCUGAGGUAACACACUAGCUGUAUUGUAUCAAUGAGGAGACAAUCCAGGGAGAGCUGAGCAGCAGGACAGAGGAGCCUGGAUUAUAAACAAUGCAGUAGAGUAACAUACCAUAUCUGGACUGCCUACCUAUUGACUUCUUUAUACAGGAGAAAAGAAGCUGCCUAAUUUGUUUCCCCAAGUUGAUCCAUAGAUUUAAUACAAUCCCAGUUAAAAAUCCCAGAAGGCUUUUUUGGGGUCUAAAUUGACAGACAUUAAAAUUUUAUGUGGAAAUGUGAAGGACCUCAAAUAGCCAAACAAUUUUGAAAAAGAACAGAGUUUGAGGACUUACAUGACUUGACUUCAAGACUUACUAUUAAACUUCAAUAAUGAAGACAGUGUGACAUUGGCAUAGAUUUAGACAAAUAUAUCAAAGUAACAGAAACCAGAAAGAAAACAAUAUACAGUCAGUUGAUUUUUUAACAAAGGUGCCAAUGUAUUUAAAAAGGGAAAGGAUAUCUUUUCAACAAAUGGUAUUGGGAUAGCUGAAAAAAGCAUGAAAACAAAACCUUGACCCUCUACUUAAUCUACAUAAAAAUUAACUUAUAUGUGACUGGUGAAACGAAAAAGGUUCUAGGAGAAAAUCUUCAUAAUCUGGAGUAGAGAAACAUUUGUUUUCAAAUAGGACACACAAAGCACUAACUUAAAGAGAAA